AUGAGGGCGAGCACAUCUCUCUGUUUUCGUUGGUCAAAGUGAAUUGUCUUUUACUUCUCCUAUUUAUGGAGUUUUCUCUGGACCUGUCGAAUGUGCUGCAACGUGGUCCUUUGCAAGUGCAAGAAUUCUCACGGAGCCAUCGGGUGUAAUAUUGGCCGGUCAGUCAACCCAUCGACAGGAUCUGCACAACUACAAUGCCUCAGUCAAGGGCUGCAGAAUCCAGUGGUGGUCGAGGCUGGAGGCGAUGGGCCAAGGACGAACUCGCGCUGAACAAGGCCUUGUUACCCAUCAAAUUAAUCCUCUUCCUUUACUCUGGAGGGACCUCCUCAAUCCUAAUGUACCUGACCCUACACAUGAAACAGCUGGGCAUCACCCUCAAGGAAAUAGCUGUCAUCUCGGCCUUCCUGCCCCUCGCCAACAUCUUCGGGCCUCCUAUUGCAGGUUUAUUCGCCGACAAAACCGGCAACUACAGACUCGCCGUGUUCCUGAGUCUCCUGUUUUGCCUCGUUUUCCACAUCGUUUUACUCUACGUUCCUCCGCGCCUCGACCCUGCGCUCACUCUCUCCUGCGGUCCGGAUGGCCACGCGCUCUCCUCGGUCACGUGCAGUCCCUGCGACCGCCUGAACGAUACUGAGCUGUCCUUGGUGCUUGAGAAUUGCAAGUUCAGCUGCGAAUCCCCCCCGCCUUCCGAAUUCUCCCUGUGUCUGCCGAGCGAUCACGAGCCGAGAUGUCGCAGCUUCAACAUCAGUGACCAGAUUAUUAUCAACGGCAGUGUGUCCUUAGUCCAAGAUGGCGACACGUGCAGCUACACGGAAAUAGUACACGAAGGAGAGGUAUUCCAAGAAAUGGUCUGUCCCUCCGAGUGCCCCGUCGAGUGCCGAGCGACGGGGUCCUUCGCGUGCCACCGCCCAGACGACAGUGAGGGCGACGGGUCCGCUACGUUCUGGAUAUACUUUGCCCUACGAAUGAUCGCCACUUUUUUCAUGGCGUCGCUUUUCACGAUGAUGGACGCCCUCACCCUGGCAGUGUCGAAGAAGCACGGCGGUGACUAUGGCAAACAACGCUUCUUCUUCAUCGUGGGCUUGGCGACGAUUCCCCUCCUGGCCGGCGCGGUCGUCGACUGGAGGAAGGCGGCGACAGGUCUGGCGGAUUAUGGAUCAGCCUUCUACUUAGGAGCCGCCCUGACGCUGGUGGCCGGGCUGCUCGUAUUGAGACUGCAAUUCCAGGUCGAGGAAAACCAAGAGAAUAUCCUGAAAAAUGUCCUGAAGCUGGUGACGAGGAUGGAAAUCAACGUUCACUUCCUGAUGGUGCUUCUCCUGGGCACCAACUGGGGCUUCAUUGAGAGCUUCCUCUUCCUCUACUUGGAUACGCUUGGUGCUUCGACCUUCCUUAUGGGCUUAACUCUCACUGUGGGAUCCCUAGUUGGCUUGCCAGUGAUGUUCAUCGCAGACACCGUGAUUCACAAACUCGGCCGUGCGACUAUAUUUGCCUUGUCCUUCUUCUCCUACUCCGUCAGACUUAUCGGUUACUCGUACAUCAGCGACCCGUGGCUCGUGUUCAUUUUCGAGGCGUUAGAGAUCAUUACUUACCAGCUGAUGUGGGUUGCGGCCAUGACCUCGUGUCCUGUUUUGGCACCUAAGGGGCUUCUGGCAACCAUGACGGCACUCACUGGCACCAUUCACUUCUCUCUCGGACGCGGCUUGGGGUCCCUCAUCGGUGGCUACCUCAUCGCUGCCAUGUCCUUCCCCGCUGCCUUCAGAGCAUUCAGCGCCGGCACGUUCGUCUGCGGCGUCCUUUACGUCGUGGUCCACUAUUUCUACCUGCGGAAAAGAAUCCCACAGAGAGAGGACGUCGAGGAGAGAGCAGAACCUCACGAAGAGAUCAACCUUAUGCAAGGGCGCCAAGACACAGCUCACUCUCGCCCUAACGUCCACAGUCCAAAGGAUUCGCAAAUUUAGGCUUGCAAGUGUCAGUCAUGAUUAAUCUCUGAAUAACAAUAUUGGGAACAAACACACACACACACACCACACACCACACAGACACACACACACACACACAAACACACACACAAACACACACACACACACACACACACACACGCGCGCGCACGCACGCACACACACACACACACACAUACACAGGAAUACACACACACAGACAUACGCGCAUUCCCACACAUACACGUGCACACUUACAAACAUAUACAUACGCAUAUAUAUGUUUGAAAGGAAGGAGCAAUAAUUGUGCUUACACAUUUUCUCUCUCUCUCUCUCUCUC